AUGUGCAGUUCUAACUGUUGCUUCUUGACCUGCAUACAGAUUUGUCAGAAGGCGGGUCAGGUGGUCUGGCAUUUACAUCUCUUGAAGAAUUUUCCACAGUUUGCUGUGAUCCACACAGUCAAAGGCUUUAGCAUAGUCAGUGAAGCAGAAGUAGAUGUUUUUCUAGAAUUCCCUUGCUUUUUCAAUGAUCCAACGGAUGUUGGCAAUUUGAUCUCUUGUUCCUCUGUCUUUUGUAAAUCCAGGCUGUACUUCUGGAAGGCCUUGGUUCACAUACUGUUGCAGCCUAGUUUGAAGGAUUUUAAGAAUUAUCUUGCUAGCAUGUGA